AUGCAGCAAACUCUCGUUUCUUCCUUUUGCUUCAUCUUGCUGGCUUUCUCCUCCUCCAUAGUCCUUGGUAAAAAACCCAACUGUGGGAAACAUGGCCCGGUUAUCAAAUUUCCAUUCACCUUCAAAGGUAGCUACCCAGAAAAUCCUGGGUAUCCUGGGUUUCUUGUAUCCUGCAAUGAAAAGAAGGAAACCGUUCUUGAGCUUCCAAUCCCAGUUAAAUUUGCAAUCAAGACCAUAGACUAUGAGGCUCAGCGAAUCCAGCUAUAUGACCCAGAAUAUUGCUUGCUUGCCAACCUUUCGAAAGUCCACGACAUGUCAAUCUUUCCCUUCCAGUACUCAGAAUACCAAAUGACUAAUAUUACCUUAUUCAAUUGUUCUUCAGCUGAAAGAGAAUCGCCGGCCUCGUGGCUUUAUUCAGUCCCCUGCUUUGAAGAACGCCCUGGCUACCAAAUCUAUUGGGCUUCUUCUUCAAGAAGCAUUGAGUACUUGCCCCUCCUGUCUUGUACAAAGAUGCGUACUCUUUCAUCAGUACCAUACUGGUCUGAGCUUUAUUUGGAAUGGUCUGAACCAAAUUGUACACUAUGUGAAGCACAGGGAAAUAUCUGUGGAUUGAAGAACAAUGGCACCACUAGUACUGAGAUUGAAUGCCUUCCCAUGAAGAAAGGAGGUUCGGGGAAAACUUUAUUAGCUACGGGUACAUCCCUGGGUUCAUUUGUACUCGUACUACUUGCUGGUGCAGCUUUUCAUGCUUAUAGUUCUGAUAGAAAGGAGAAACAGAAUCAAUUAAAAAUUGAAAGAUUUUUAGAGGAUUACAGAGCUCUCAAACCAAGCAGAUACUCUUAUUCAGACAUCAAGAGGAUUACAGAUCAGUUCAAGGACAAAUUAGGCCAAGGGGCAUAUGGGACCGUUUAUAAGGGAGAGCUUUCUUCUGAAUGUUUUGUUGCCGUGAAAGUCCUCACUAGUACUAAAGGAGAUGGGGAAGAGUUUGUUAAUGAAGUGGGAACAAUGGGUCAUAUCCAUCAUGUCAAUGUGGUUCGCUUGGUUGGAUUCUGCGCUGAUGGGUUUAGAAGAGCUCUUGUUUAUGACUUCUUACCUAAUGGUUCACUGCAAGAUUUCAUUUCAUCAGCAGACAAUAACAAUUCUUUCCUUGGUUGGGAUAAAUUGCAAGAUAUUGCUCUAGGCAUAGCCAAAGGAAUUGAAUAUCUGCACCAGGGGUGCGAUCAACGAAUCCUCCAUUUUGAUAUCAAACCCCACAAUGUUCUGCUUGACCAUAACUUCACCCCAAAGAUUUCUGAUUUUGGUUUGGCCAAGUUAUGUUCCAAGGAUCAGAGUAUAGUGUCAAUGACUACAGCUAGGGGAACAAUGGGGUACAUUGCACCUGAAGUGUUCUCCAGGAACUUCGGGAAUGUGUCCUAUAAGUCAGAUGUGUAUAGUUAUGGAAUGGUACUGCUCGAGAUGGUAGGAGGAAGAAAGAACAUCAGUUCAACCACAGAGAACGCACCUGAAGUUUACUACCCAGAAUGGAUCUAUAAUCUACUAGAAGAAGGUGAAGACCUCCGAAUCCAUGUUGGGGAAGAAGCAGAUGCUAAAAUUGCAAAGAGACUUGCGAUUGUGGGUCUCUGGUGCAUCCAAUGGCACCCGGUUGAUCGUCCCUCUAUGAAAGGGGUGGUUCAGAUGUUGGAAGGAGGAGAAAACUUGACUAUGCCUCCAAAUCCUUUUGCCUCUCAAGGUCCUGCAGGAACAAGUGCAAGCACACCUGCCAGAAGAUUAAACCUUCAACUGGAACCAAUUGCUGAGUUAGAGUGA